CGAGAAAACAAAUCCGUGAUGUAGCCAAUAGUUCUGCUAGAAGUCAUUUUAUCUACUUGUUUUAAAUGAUUGUGACGACUUCAUUUAUUGAAUAUAAUUAUUUAGACGCACUUUACAUGUUUCCUAGCCAAACCAGCAGACAGUUUGAGAUGUAGAAAGCGAGUUUUAAUGGGAAACAGUAAGGAAAGCGAAACAUCAUCAUGCUUCUUCAGUAUCUUCUCCUCUUGGCAUCAUGUAGCAUCGGGGAGUCAAAGAGGAGAAAUGUGCUUCUAAUAAUUGCUGAUGAUGCCGGUUUUGAGACGGAGGUGUAUAACAACUCUGCGGUCCACACCCCCCACCUGCGCUCUCUGGCCCAGCGCAGCCUGGUGUUCAGCAACGCCUUCACCUCCGUCAGCAGCUGCUCCCCCAGCCGCUCCACCAUCCUCACCGGCCUGCCACAGCACCAGAACGGCAUGUACGGGCUUCACCAGGGUGUUCACCACUUCAACUCAUUUGAUGGGGUACAAAGUCUGCCGCUGCUCCUCGGCCAGGCCAACGUACACACAGGGAUAAUUGGAAAGAAGCAUGUCGGCCCUGGAUCCGUAUACCCCUUUGAUUUUGCCUACACCGAGGAGAACAACUCUGUCCUCCAGGUGGGGAGGAACAUCACCCGCAUCAAGCUCCUGGUGCGAAAGUUUUUCCAGACCCAUAAAGAGGAAGCCUUUGAAAGACGCCAAAUGAGAGAGGAUGAUUCUGACAGUUUAAAAGAUGAAGAGAGGCCGUUUUUCCUGUAUGUUGCCUUUCAUGACACCCACCGAUGUGGACACUCUCAGCCGCAGUACGGAGCUUUCUGUGAGAAGUUUGGGAAUGGGGAAAUGGGGAUGGGAAGAAUUCCUGACUGGACACCGGAAUAUUACACGCCAGAGCAAGUCAAGGUCCCUCCCUUUGUGCCGGACACACCUGUGGCGCGCUCCGACCUGGCAGCGCAGUACACCACGGUCAGCAGGCUGGACCAAGGUAUCGGUUUAGUUCUCCAGGAGCUCAGAGACGCCGGUUAUGAGAACGACACUCUGGUCAUCUACAGCUCAGAUAACGGCAUCCCCUUCCCCAACGGCAGGACCAACCUGUACCGCUCGGGCACCGCAGAGCCCAUGCUGGUCUCCUCUCCGGAGCACAGGGGGCGCUGGGGGGGCACCAGCCAGGCCUACGUCAGUCUGCUGGACAUCACCCCCACCAUUCUGGACUGGCUCUCGGUCCCCUACCCAUCCUACAGACUCCCCGGGGACCCCUCCACCCCGGUGCACCUCACGGGUCGCUCCUUACUUCCUGCGCUGGUCACGGAGCCCAGCAGCUGGAACACGGUCUACGGCAGCCAGUCCCUGCACGAGGUUACCAUGUACUACCCAAUGCGCUCCGUCCACCAGGGGGCGUACCACCUUCUCCACAACAUGCACUACCGCAUGCCCUUCCCCAUCGACCAGGACUUCUACGUGUCCCCCACCUUCCAGGACCUGCUGAACCGCACCCAGCUGAGCGAGCCCACCCAUUGGUUCAAGAGCCUGCAGCAGUAUUACUACAGAGAGCGCUGGGAGCUGUUCCACUCCAGCACAGACCCCCUGGAAACUACGAACCUGGCCUCAGAACCAGCUUACAGCGGCGUGCUGGAGAACCUGAAGCAGGGUCUGCAGAAGUGGCAGUGGCAGACUGGCGACCCCUGGGUCUGCGGGCCAGACUACGUCCUGGAGGACAAGCUAGAGCCGCACUGCAGACCUCUUUACAACGGACUCUGAUGGACUCUAAUGGUGCUUUAACUCAUGUGGAUUGACAUGAUGUCCGCCUACAUGAACACAUUUGUCUUAAUAAAUCUCUAGUAUUAUUUUUCUAUGCUGCUUUUAAUGGUUAAUAAAAUAAAAUAAACAUGAAUUGCCUUA